AUGAAGAAGAGUAUUUAUUGGAGGUUCCUAUGUGAUGUGGUUGCUAGGCUCCCCUCCUCCUUUCAACUCAGUCUUACUGAAAAUUCUUCCCUGUCCUUCUUUUGGGACCCUUGGUGCGGUGGAUUAUCUAUUGCUGAUAGGCUUAAAUCUGAAUACUUGGAACAUUUGAUUCAACCCAAUAACCUUCCUGUUCACUCGGUUUUGGUCAAUAAUAUUUGGAAUUUGCCUGUCUCUUUGCCUCCCAGCAUCAAGGCAGAGAUCUUAGCCGUCCCCAUUUCUACUGGCAUGGGUAAUUGUCUCUGGACGGGCACUGAUAAACCUGCUUUCAAUUCUUUUCACAAAGGCUUCUUUUUAAACGAACAAACUGUUACUUGGUUUAAGCAUGUUUGGCAUAAGCGUUAUGCUUUACGCUUCUCUCUUACUACUUGGAUGGCUUUUCGUAAUGGCCUUAAAACUGCUGAUAACCUUAUUGCUAGAGGUUUGGCUGUUAACACUUGUUGCAUUUUUUGUCAUCAUUCUGAGGAAAAUCAUAAACAUUUGUUCUUUGAGUGUGAGUUUACCUUCCAGGUGUUGUUGAAGGUAUUUCCCUAUUUUAACCGUAUGCUUCUAAGGCCUAAUCUAGGUCAAGCCUUUCAAAGCAUUGAGGAUUGGGAUAUGGAUAAAAGAAGGAAAAACUAUUGCUUUAUGCUUCUUUGUGCUAUUGUUUACUAUCUUUGGCGAGCACGAAACGACAGGCUUUUUGGCAACCUGAUUGAUUGUCAAAACACUAUUAUUGCCAAGAUCAAGCGUACUGUGAACCUUAAAACUGCAAAGUGGAAAUGA